AGCAACUGAGGAACUCUUUUCUCAGUUCGACUAUACUGCGCACAUAGUGUAUACACGCAUUGUUACUGGCUUAUAAUUGUCGGCAUUUUUUUUGAAAAUUCUAGAAUCUCAAGUUGUUUCUUUAUACUUUAAAGAGAAGUACAUUCCAUUCAAAAAAUGCCUGUACCAGCACUUCAAAAACCUGCUCCGGUUUUCAAAGGCACUGCUGUCAUCAACGGACAGUUCAAGGAUAUUUCACUUACUGAUUAUAAAGGAAAAUACGUGAUCUUAUUUUUCUAUCCUCUAGAUUUUACUUUCGUUUGCCCAACUGAAAUUAUUGCAUUUUCUGAUCGCGCUGAAGAGUUCCGUUCUAUUAAUUGUGAAUUGAUUGCGGCAUCAUGUGAUUCACACUUCAGUCAUCUAGCCUGGGCAAAUACUCCACGCAAACAAGGAGGCUUAGGAGAUAUGAACAUUCCUUUGUUGGCUGACAAAAGUUGUAAAAUCGCUCGCGACUACGGAGUCCUUGAUGAAGAGACUGGUAUUCCAUUCCGUGGUCUCUUUAUUAUUGAUGAUAAACAAAACCUUCGUCAAAUUACCAUUAAUGAUCUACCAGUUGGACGAUCUGUGGAUGAAGCCUUGCGUUUAGUUCAGGCGUUCCAAUUCACUGAUAAACAUGGUGAGGUCUGUCCAGCAGGCUGGAAACCCGGAAAGAAAACCAUGAAACCAGAUCCUGUUCAAUCUAAAGAGUAUUUCGCCAGUUCUUAAAUCAACCGGAUAAUUAAAUUAUCGGGACUUUUUUUAUUCUUUUUUAUCCAAUAGAAUGUAUUUCCAUUUUUUGUUUAACUUGAAUCGUACUUAGAUAUGGCUUUAAAAACUCAUGAAAAAUUCAAACUAUUUUUUAAACUACUAUACAGCUUUCUAGAUUUUUGAAACGACCAUGAAAAUGUAUGAGUCUUUUUAUUGAGAACUAGUAAGAAGAAUAAAGAAUAAAAAAACUUGAAGAAUA